CGGGCCGACCCAAAAUAACAAAUAUUUAGGGCUUUUUAUUUAAGUACCAAGAAGCUCCAUUGUUAGGUUAGGGUUUUAGAGGAGAAAGGCUCAGGCAGGAACCAGAAGAAGGUAGAAGAAGGAACUCUUCUGCGCCACCAACCAUGGGUCGUAUGCACAGUCGCGGUAAGGGUAUCUCAGCCUCAGCUCUUCCAUACAAGAGAACUUCACCAAGUUGGCUCAAGAUCUCUUCUCAAGAUGUUGAGGAGAACAUUUGCAAGUUUGCAAAGAAGGGUCUUACUCCAUCUCAGAUCGGUGUGAUUCUUCGUGACUCUCACGGUAUUGCUCAGGUUAAGAGUGUUACUGGAAGCAAGAUCUUGCGUGUUCUCAAGGCCCACGGUCUUGCCCCUGAAAUUCCUGAAGAUCUGUACCAUCUUAUUAAGAAGGCAGUCUCUAUUAGGAAGCAUCUCGAGAGGAACAGGAAGGACAAGGAUUCCAAGUUUCGAUUGAUUUUGGUUGAGAGCAGGAUUCACAGACUUGCACGUUACUACAAGAAGACCAAGAAGCUUCCCCCAGUUUGGAAAUACGAGUCAACAACUGCCAGCACCCUUGUUGCUUAGGGUGGCUACAGUAAUUACUGCAGUUUUGGUUUAGAAUGAACUAAGAAGAUGAAUUUAAUUUUUGUUUCUGAAUAUGGAGCUUUGUAAUUUUUGAUUGUAUUUGACUUGGAGAUGUUGAUUUGUUUUUUGGCACUACUUUUAGUUGCUACA